AUGGCCGCCUCAGAGAAACUGCUGUGGAAUUUCACCAACCUGUGUCUGGUGGUUUUGAACAUUACCCACAAGUCCAACCACCUGGUCAUCAACAGACUGCAGCGGAGGCUGUAUGUGAACUCGAGGUACGCCAAGCCGAGGUUCAAGAAGUUUGGCUUUGAGAUCCUGGACACGGGCAACAUGUAUCUGAUCCGUACGCCAGCGGGCCUGAAACUGCAGUGGUUCCACAGCACGGGCAUGAUGGUCAUCGAGACGGAGAGCUACAGCAAUAAACUGCCCACCAUGGGCCUCUGUGGCCGCUGUGAUGGUAACCCAGCCAAUGACCUGAUGCUGUCCAAUGGGACGACAGUCGGGGAGAGCGAGGACCCAGCGGUGUUCAUCGACAGCUGGCAGGUCCCCAACACCACUAGUUACAUCAGCCACAGCCGGCGCAGAGAAGUCAACUGUUCCACCAGCGACUGUUCCCAGUGCAUGGCCAUGCUCCGAAACACCUCCUUCAGCCCCUGCCAUGCUUUCGUUCUACCCAGUACGUUCUGUGAGGUGUGGGUCCGUGAUGUGGAGUACGUGAACAACCCGUGUGUAGCGCUGGCUGCCUACGUGGCAUCUUGUCACAAGUUCAACGUCUGCAUCGAGUGGAGGAGCCCAGACUACUGCCCCUUCAUAUGUCCAGACCAGCUGCGUUACCAGGCCUGCCUGCCUGCUUGUACAGCCCAGUCCUGCUCCAACCAUGACUUUGACUACGACCCUGAGCAGUGUUCAGGCCUGACAGAGGGAUGUGUCUGUCCUGAGGGCACUCUGCUCCAUCGACCCUACUCUGCCCUCUGCAUCCCCCCUGAGAAGUGUGGUAAGCCUUCACUGAUCAACCUCCGCAUCGCACAGACAAUCAAACCAACACUGGUCAAAAUUCAUAUGAUACAAAGCACCCGGUACGGUUCGGUCUGGUCUGGUCUGGUCUGGUCUGGUCUGGUCUUUAGUGGAAUGCACUUAUUGUAA